UGACUUUCUUCUUCGGAUUUUCAAGCAGUCGCGUAUGCUGUUGAUGUACGCACUUGAUAUACGCACAAAUUCACGCGUAUAAAUUCAUAUAUCGACACCACCUAUAUUGCUCAGGAACAUUUGAUUUAUACACUUGCCUCGCCAUGGCGGUGCCGUCUGAAAAUGAAAUCACCGAAGUGCCAUCGGAACAAGAAGCUGCGAAACCUACCGACGUGUAUAUCGACCACGAUACUGAGGCCGCGCCGGUAGCACCAAUACUACCUUUGCCUACAAUUGACCCGGUUAUUGAGAAGCGCGUUGUUCGCAAACUGGAUUAUCGACUUCCUGUGAUUACUGGGUUUUUAUACCUCUUGGCCUUUUUGGAUCGGAGUAACAUUGGAAACGCCAAAAUUGCAGGAAUGCAAAAGGAAUUGUCUUUGAAUGGAGGCACCUACGCGUGGCUGCUGACAAUUUUCUAUAUUUCCUACACAUUGUUUGAGUUUCAAGCCUUGAUGUGGAAAAUCGUUCGUCCCCAUCGGUGGGCCGCUUUCACGGUAGCGGUUUGGGGGAUCGCGGCAACCUGUCAAGCAGCUACCCAGAAUUGGAGUGGGAUGAUGGCCUUGCGCUUUAUAUUAGGCGCAGCAGAAGCAGGAUUCGGUCCUGGUGUACCUUACCUCAUGUCUUUUUUCUACCGUCGCCGUGAACUCGGUCUUCGCUGCGGUCUCUUCCUUUCUGCCGCCCCUCUUGCGAAUACAUUCGCCGGUGCGCUGGCUUAUGGAAUUACGUCUGGUCAUCCCAAAUUAGCCAGCUGGCGACUGCUAUUCCUCGUUGAAGGUAUUCCUAGUCUCCUUGCUGUCCCUCUGGCAUGGUUCGGUCUUCCCGAUUCUCCAGCCGAGGCAAAGUUUCUUACCAAAGAAGAAAAGGAGGUCGCUAGAGCAAGAGGAGUGAGACGAAGCGGCGAAGAAGUUCAGAGCGGCGGGAUCGACUGGAAGGAUAUAGCCAAGACCCUUCUUGAUGCAAAGCCAUGGCUUACUGCGUUUAUGUACUUUAGCUGCAAUGUCAGCUUCUCCUCUCUACCCGUAUUUUUACCCACCAUUCUCAACGAUAUGGGAUUCACGGCGAUUAAUGCUCAAGGGCUUACAGCCCCGCCAUUCUUUCUGGCGUUCUUGGUAACGAUUUCCACCACGUGGGUUGCAGAUAGGCUGCAACAGCGUGGCUUGGUGAUAGCCACUUUGUCCAUGAUAGGCGCAAUUGGUUACGUCAUUAUCGCAGCCUGCUCUUCUGUCGGCGUGCGGUACUUUGGUGUUUUCCUUGCUGCAAGUGGAGUGUUCCCUUCCAUUGGUAAUAUUCUGCCUUGGGUUCUGAACAACCAAGGAUCAGACACUCGUCGAGGCAUGGCAAUGGUCAUGCUCAACGUCAUCGGCCAGUGCGGGCCAUUCCUAGGUACCAACGUGUUCCCCGACAAGGACUCCCCACGGUAUGCGCGUGGGUUAUGGAUCUGCGCCGCUUUUAUGUUUUUUAGUACUUUCCUUACUCUCAGCCUUCGGUUUCUGCUUGUGUGGGAGAACCGACAAUUGGAUCAGAAAUACGGGACGUGGGAAGAGCGUCAAGCGGCGCAGAAGGAGGCUGGAGAAAUGGAUUUCACGGCAGCUGAAGAAAACUACGGUGCGAAUUUCAGGUAUGUACUUUGACGGGGAAAUUUGAUUGCAACGAGUCAGUAGGCAAUUCGUGUGAUUCAGGAUUGAACGAAGAAAUGAAGCAUCAUCAUAGACAGACCAAGGUAGCAUUUCAAGCUGGCUGUUAAAUACC